GAGUCGCAGAGAGGCCGAAUCUCCAGCUGAUCGCUCGCACACAAUGUGCUUCUCAUUCUUACACCGUCACAUCCACAUCGCUCGGGCUAAGCUUUUGGAUAAGAAGUCCUGGAGCCUCCGAUAUCCAUCCAAGUAGCAUGCAAAUGUUGGAUCAGGUUUUAAAAGCAUCUCUGGCAUUGUCAUAUCUCGUCGUGCGAGGAUGAUCGCUGGAGCUCGCGCGUCUCUGGAUGCAGUGCGUGCAAAUGGAUGCGUGCGUGUAUGUGUCCUUGAGUUGAGCACCUACAGGAUGGCAUGUUUCACCGAUGCAUGGUCGAUUGCAUCCUGAAACAAAAGCUCAAGGAGAUACAAUUAGAGUUAAUGUUUACGUUUGCAUCCAGAUGCGGUUUGCAUUGCUGGAAUACACUGCUGGAGUCGCGCCUCUAAUGGAGGAGACGAGAUGAGAUAGUUACUGUGUGUUUUUUAUUUUUUAUUUUUUAGAGGAAUUCUUCAUUUGUGCUGUGCAUUAUCAGUUACGGUGAAGAUGCCUCGGAGUUUGCGCAGGCUGAUGCAUCUAGUGCUGUUCUGCCCUUUAUCGAAGGGCUUACAGGCCCAUUUGCCUGCAGUUAAGUUCAAGUACCUGUUGGUGGCAUGGUUUGGGAUUCUUGUGGCCAGCUGGGCAAUCUACAUGCAGUAUUCCUCUUAUUCAGAGCUGUGCAGAGGACAUGUUUGUACCAUGCUCAUUUGUGAUCAUUACCGCAGGGGCAUCAUCUCGGGGUCAGUGUGUAAGUCUCUCUGUGAAGAAAAAACUCUAUCGCUUCAACAUUGUCUUUCAACGUCACCUACACACCAGAUAUACAGUGCUGUAUGGAAGGAGAAAGCCAUACUGGUGAAGUGUGGGAUUGAAGAGAGUAUGAGAGGGGAGAACAGCCCUGACUCGCCACUGCAGCAUGACAGCAACCUCUUCGACAAACCCACCCGUGGAACAUCCAUAGAUGAAUUCAGAGCCAUGCUGCAUUCCUUCCUCAAGGACAGUGUUGGGGAGCAGUCUUCUCUUGGCACCCUUGUCACUCGUGUGAUUUCUCUGGCAGAUGUUAACGGUGAUGGCAAAGUUUCGUUAGCGGAAGCGAAAUCUGUCUGGGCUUUGCUUCAGAUCAACGAAUUUGUUCUAAUGGUGGCACUACACGAUAAAGAACACGCUCCUCGCUUGCUGGGUUUCUGCGGUGACCUUUACGUGACCGAACGCAUAGCGCAUAGUGCCCUUUUCAGGCUGGAGGUACCUGACUGGCUGCAGUUGGUGUUUCCCGAGGCGCUGGGCGCGGCACUUAACCGAUGGCUUGCCCCCGCAUGGCCACGGCGGGCCCGAAUCACUAUUGGCCUGCUAGAGUUCACAGAAGAAGUUUUCCAUGGCGUGUACGGAAGCUUCUACAUUUGUGACGCUAGCCCGCGACGGGUCGGCUACAAUGCUAAAUAUGACUUUAAAAUGGCAGACCUCCAAAGCCUAGCAUCUGAGGCAACCAUCAAGGGGUUUUUACGAGGAAGAACUUGCGAAGCAAAUGCAGACUGCACAUACGGACAGGAUUGUACAGCGACGUGCGACCGAUUAGCGAGGCAGUGCAAUGUGGAAGUGGUGCAGCCUAACUUGGCUAAGGUGUGUGCGUUACUGCAGGAUUUCCUGCUGUUUGGAGCGCCUUGGGAUCUGAGAGAAGACCUGGAGAAACAGCUACGCACCUGUGUGACGCUCAGCGGACUUGCCUCGCAAAUGGAGGUACAUCAUUCCCUAGUUCUCAACAACCUGAAAACUCUACUGUGGAAAAAGAUCUCGAAUACCAAGUACUCUUGAGAGAUACCAAGUACUCAAAGAGAAUGAUGACCAAGAGAAAGGCAACUAAAGUGGAAAAAAAGAGAAAUUGAAACUAAAAGAAUGAAAGCAGGAACAAGAGAAAGUAAUAGACAUAGGGUCAGCACAGAAGCUUCUGAAUAGCUGAACUGCCAGCCAUUAUGGACUUGACAUUUUUUUAACAUCAAUUACUUUUGAGAGUGUUGAUAAGAAGUUACAGAAUCGAAGCCCAGAGUGGACAGACGCUACAUCCAUUCCUGCUUAAUUUUACUUGAGUGACUUAACUGAAGACCAUUUAACCUAUGAAAAUACCUUUUUAUAGGAGUAUUUCUGAAAGGUUCAAGGUGAAAUAAGGAUUGUCCACUUAAGGGGGAAAAAAAAGAAGCUUGUAUUUACAUUAAUCUGACAAUGUGGCCCUUUCGCAAAUGAUACCAUGAGUCCUCAUAAGUGAACUAGGAGUAGCCUAGUAGUUAAGGAUCUCACUUUAGAGCGCAACAGUGCCCAUCCACUUUUUCAGCCGUCUUGGUUCCGGAAGUAUUUUUCCCAUUCAUUUCUUCCAUUGGGAUUUCAUCAAAUCCUUCAUAAAAAAGUUCUGAGCCAUGAACCAAACUAACCAGCUCUGAUGUGAAUCACAACAUUAUAAACUGUGUUUUGAAGCAAAAAACUUAUUUGAAAAUUGGACAAAAAAAUAGUUACAAUAAUGUCUGUAAUGAGGGAAUUACUGUAACUAUGAUCCCAUGAAGUAUUGCGAAUGACGUACUUGAAUGAAAAACAAUGGAAAAAUUCAAACUAUUGGUUUAAAGAUGUUGAUUUUAAGUAUAGAAACAAUUUAUUGUAUUUUUUAUGCCAAACUUUCAGAUAUUUAUUAAUAUAUAAGUUGUUUGAGAGUGCAAAGAAUGACUUGGUUUCAUCAUUCACAGUGCGUCAUGCAAGUGUGUGGUCACUGCAGAGCUCUUUUGGUGCACUUAGUUUGCCACGAUUCUCUGAUUUGUGGAGCAUUUCUCUUCAGGAUUCAUGGGUAGUGUAGUUCUUCACCAGGAAUUAGCCCUUCUCGGACUUCCUAGGUUGCCUAUUAAAGCCUGUAGACUAAUUUUUUCAGGUUGGUUUUGCCGGGAAAAUCCGAAGGAUGUGAAGUUUAUGCGCGGUCCUGAGAGUCUUGCCUCGGUGCUUCCGCAAUUCAACAGCGACAACAAACUGCAACACUAGGUAACGUUAUCUUAGAGAUGGAAUCCAGCAAACGGUCGGCUCCCAGCACAACACCGACUCCUACACAAACUCAGAGUAAGCCAAAAAAGCCCAUCUGGCUAAGCGGGAACAUGAUCGUGGUCGAGCGAAAACUAGAGUGAACAUCGGCAGGGCAUUUGAUUCCCGGAGGGACCUUCGUUCGGUUUUGGGGAUCAAAACCAACCCUGAAUUGGCAUUCUUCUUUUUGGAUAGGCUUCCCUUACUGGUUUCCUGACCUUUAUGUUACUGAACACGUGACACAUAGCACCCACUUCAGGCUGAAAGUGCCUGACUGGCUGCAGGCGGGAUUUCUGGUGUUGCAUUGCCUGUACAUAAGAUUCUAUAUGUGAGACAAUUCUCCGAUGGCUUGACUACAAUGCUAAAUAUGACUUUCUGAGGGACUCUUUGUGAGACAAAUGCAAACUUCACUUAUGAGCUGGAAUGUACAGCGACUGAUUGGGGAGGUGGUGUAAUUUGGCCCAGGUGUGGCCAAAUUGAAGGGGUACCUUUAUUUUAUCCAAGAAUACUUUAUCAGCACCUGGUGGGAAAGUAUUUGUAAAGGACAAAUAGAUCUGCCUGUAUCCUUUAACCGACCUUUAGAGAGAAACAAGGAAUCUGCAUAUUGUAGUACAAGUAUACGCCCAAAACCACCUCACCAGGUUUGGAGGACAAGUUACUAACCUGUACACUUUACAUGCUGGACUCAAACAGAUAUAGACUGGAAAUGAAGCUGUGAUUUACUUUAUUUCAAUAUACUUUAUUAUUGUAUUAAGAGUAAAACAAAGUUAAUUUCAGAAUUAGUCAUUGAAUUAUAUCAUACUAAUGCAGUUAUUGUUGCUGUCGGUCAUACUGAUUAGGUGUCGAUGUUAAUAUUUCAGUCUGCAUGGUUUGCGUUUUUUUUCCCCAUGUCUCUAAAAUUAUUAAAGAAUAAAUAUUAGUGAUGCACCAUUUUUUAUAAAGUAAAAAUAAGUAAACCUCAUACAAAGUGUGCUGUUUCAUUAGUUUUUUUUUUUUUUUUUUCUGCAGAUUUUGGGCGAUACUCUGUGGAAUGGAUUUAAACAUGCUAAAAUGUGUUAAAAAUGUACACAAAAUAUUUAAUAAACACUCAAGAACAGGGGAUUUUGCGGACGCAGUACUGUUUUUACUACUCAAAUAAUUAAAGCCGAACGAGUACUCGAUUAAUCGAUUACUCUUGCACAUCCCUAAAUUAAAGAUGACCCUUUAUGAUGCCAUUUAAUCGAGCCGAAAAUUAAACAAUCCAAAAUUGCUGGUUUAUCUUUAUGUGCAGGAAUGAACAUUAACAGCACAACACUUAAAAUAGAAGUGAAUGGGGCCAGUUGUUGGAGGAUUUAAAGGCAGAAAUGUUAAGUUUUUUAAUUUAAAAAAGCACUUACAUUAAUUCUUCGGUUAAAACUUAUAAACCGAAGUAUUAUUUUAGCUGUAAAGCUGUUUAAAUCACAAUUUUACAGUCGUUUUAGGGUUUAUGGCGUUAUACCGUCAUGUCAAUGAAGUUGUAAAAUUGUACAUAACUUUACACAGAAAAGUGAUUUUAUCACACUAAAAUCAUGUUAACACACAUAUUGUUUACGUCUUUUGGCUAUACUUUUGAAACUGUGAGUAUUUUAACGUUUACGGAUUGUCCCCAUUCACUUCCAUUGUAAGUGCCUUACUGUAACCACGAUUUUGCUUUUUUUAAAGAAAAGGAGGGGCAAAUCUAAAUAUGUUUUUGUGGUAAUCAACAUUAUGCCACAAAUACUGUUGAUUGAGCUUAACUUGUAUUGAACCCGGAAUAUUCCCUUAAGAUUCUGUUCAGGAGCAACACAUGCUUUAAGGGAAUCAUAUCAUAUUGUGUUUGGUGUUUUAUAUGCAUCUACAAUCACAUAACUUCCAACUACUCCAAUCACUUUUGAGUUAAAGGAAUAGUUCAACCAAAAUGAAAAUCCUAUCAUCAUUUACACACCCUCAUACCAUCCCAGAUUUGUAUGACUUUCUUUCUUCUUCAGAACACAAACGAUGAUUUUUAAAAGAAUAUCUCAGCUCUGUAGGUCCAUGCAACGGCCCAACAAACCCAGCCCGCAACACACCACACCAUAACACACUGAUUGCAUAACUCAUUGAUUUCAUUUUCCAGCUCAAUUUCAGAUUUUUGUUUCGAAAAAAAAAAAAAAAAAAUAUAACGAAAAUACAUUUCUAGUCAUGACAACAGGCCCCACCAGUGCAAAAACAGUCAAACAUAUAAAACUGGGGGCCUGGGUAGCUCAGCAAGUAAAGACCCUGACUACCACCCCUGGAGUCGCAAGUUCGAAUCCAGGACACAUGGGGUAACCUCCUCAUGGUCACUAUAAUGUGUUGUUCUCGCUCUUGGUGGGGCGGGUGGUGAGUUGUGCGUGGAUGCCGUGGAGAAUAGCGUGAAGCCUCCACGUGCACUAUGUCUCCGCUGUAACACGCUCAACAUGCCAUGUGAUAAGAUGUGCUGAUUGACGGUCUCAGACACGGAGGCAACUGAGAUUCAUCCUCUGCCACUGGAUUGAGGCGAGUCACUACGCCACCACGAGGACUUCGAGCACAUUGGGAAUUGGGCAUUCCAAAUUGGGGAGAAAAUAAAAACAUGUAAAUGUGAUGAAUGGAUUUUUUGUUGAGAAAGCACUAAAAUAAGCACUUUAUAGUUAUAUAAAAAAUGUUCCCCCCAACAUACAGAUGUUAGGUUAUAUGUGCAUGAAAGUAAAAGGGAAAGUGUGUAUUUUAGGUGCUGUGACAAGUCAGCAUUUUUUCAAAGUUUUUAAAAGAUCAACUUUUUUUCUAGAAGUGCAAAUAAACUAUCACCUUAGUUAAUAUGAGGUUGUGGAAACAAGUAUAAUAAUAAUAUAUUAUAUAUAGCUAUACAAGAUCAUAAAAUGUUUAAAAUAGUAAGAUGAAGAAAGUGUCACAUAGCAGAACACUAAUGACAAUGCUUAAAAUUAAUGUCAAUCACCCACAUAACUGUUAGUUUAUUUUAAAAAAAUUGAAUGAAAACAAAGUUGGCCAGAAUAUGUAUAUAUGUAUAUAUAUAUAUAUAUAUAUAUAUAUAAAUAUAUGUAAAAUAAUAAAAUAAA